GUACUCAGCAUAGACUACGAUCAACUUUCCGAUGAAUUAUUGGCUAUUCUGGAUUCCGCAACAGAGUUGAGGAAACUUAUUGUCCAUCUCCAUGCCAUAUCCGAAGAGCAUCCAGGCACUACAGACGAAGCUUGGAUUAAAUUUAGAAAAAAACAUCCGGCAUGCCAAUUGUCCAUUACAAUUAUACAUGCUUUUAGGGAUAUCGAUGUACUUGACCAACAUGUCUUGAGAAGGCAUAUGCCACUUACCCACUUGAAAGUAUUUUUUUGUGAAAAGGUGAAUAUACGUGUUAUCGAGAAUCUGUCAAACUACGCAGAAACGCUACGCAGCAUAGUCUGGGUGGACUCUUUAACUGACGAGCAAAGUAGCUGGGCAUUGGUUAAACCUUUCUACGAUGACAGUCCUGAUCCGUUUGUUUUGGCGGCGUGGUUGUGUAAACGUUUAGAAGAAAUCGUUUUGUUUGGUUACAAGUAUUGGGAGGAGAACCUGAUUGCUAUCGGAAGGUUGAGAGGAGGUAAAUUGAAGAGGUUAGAUAUUGCCGAGCCUGAUAUAGUCAAACGCCCGGGGCAGGAUCUGGCAAGCGCUUUACUGGACAUUCCAAAUAGCAUCGACAAACCUUGGAAGCCGGUACAAGUGUCCGAACUCCACCCCGUCAUUUGCAACCCCGUCGAGGGUGAUUCCGAUGAGUACCUCUUGCCGCUAGUACUAGCGGAUCUGCACUAGUUAAGUACAACAUUUUAUGAAUCCCAAAACAUCCAUCUUUUAUUUCAGCACUCGAUUAGAUUUUAUUUAUUGAAGGAAACCAAGAUCGAAACAAAAUACAUUUUUGUAUUGAUUCAUUGUAUAUAAAAUGUGUGUUUUUAG